UCCUUGCGCACUCUUCCACGGUUCUACCGUGUCUUGCGGCCCCGUCGGGCUUGCUGUCGGGACUCCACCUCCCCUCGUUCUCUACGAACUUGGUGAGUGGAGCUGACCUCCAGGAUGCGUGGGUUGACCAGUUCACCCCUGGAGGUCUAGUCCAGUGUCUGCCCCCUGCUCGUGUCGUCCUCUGGCACACGAGACUCUCCUUUGGCACCACCGCCUUGGUCACCCCUCCCUGCCUCGUCUUCAAGUGCCGGCAGCGCGCCGCUCCUCACUCCUCCGAGUUUCCUCCGACAGAGGCUCCCCUGCAGACUCUUCACAUGGACGUGUGGGGCCCAGCCCGCGUUCGUGGACAGGGUCACGAGCGUUACUUCCUGCUGGUCGUUGACGACUACUCGCGUUACACCACAGUCUUCCCCUUGCGCAGCAAGGGUGAGGUCACUGAGUACGCUGCGCAUCAGAUCAACCUUCGGCCUCGUGUCUCCUUGCCGGAGACCACACCUACUCUGCGGUGGACGGGGAAGGUUGGCGAUGCGUCUGUGUUCCGUACUCCUCCAGUAGACCCCCUCCCCCCUCAGGGUCCUGCCCCCUCAGGUGUGUCCCAGGUAGACCCUGUCGAGCCUGUCGAGGUAGCUGUCGACUCAGGUGCUGCUAGGGGUGCUGAGCCUGCGGGUGCGGGGACUGGGGGUGUUGGGCCUGGGGUUGCUGUGUCUGAGGGUGCGGAGCCUGGGGGUGCUGAGCCUGAGCGUGUGGAGUCUGGGGGUGCUGAGCCUGGGGGUGCUGAGCCUGGGGGUGCUGAGUCUGGGAGUGCUGAGCCUGGGGGUGCUAAGCCUGAGCGUGCUGAGUCUGAAGGUCCUCCGGGUGUCCCGUCACGGCGGGAGCCCCUCUCUCCGCAGCAGCUUCGUGAGUGGUACACUCUGCGCUGUCGCCGUGCUGCUGGUGCUGGAGCUGCUGGAGGUGCUUCUGGGGCUGCUGGAGGUGCGUCUGGAGCUGGAGCUGCUGGAGGUGCUGCUGGUGCUAGAGCUGCUGGAGGUGCUGCUGGAGCUGGAGCUGCUGGAGGUGCUGCUGGAGCUGGAGCUGCUCGAGGUACUGCUGGUGCUGGAGCUGCUGGAGCCGCUGGUCCUGGAGGUACUGGUGCUGGAGGUACUGGUGCUGUCGGAGCUGCUGGAGGUGCUGGAGCAGCUGGUCCCGGAGGUGCUCGUACUGGAGAUACUGGAGCUGCUGGGGCUGGUGGUGCUUCAGGAGUUGGAGCUGCAAGUGCUGGAGCUGUUGCUACUGGAGGUGCUGCUGGAGCUGGAGGUGUUGGAGUUACUGGAGUUGAGGGUACUGGUGCUGUCUCUACUGUUUCCGGAGGCGCUGCGCGGCCGCGGCCGUACUACGUUCCGCUCCUUCAGCAGGUUCUUUGUCCUCCUCCUCCUUUACUGAGUCCACCGCCUGUCCAGUCACAGUCGCAGUUACAGCCGGCCUCUCCACUGCCUGGUCCUUCUCCUUACUCUGGAUCGACUAGAGGCCUUACGGAGCGUCGUGAGCCUGAGUCACCUGAGUCUCGUUCUGAGUCGCCUGUCCGCGCUGUUCGCACUGGUCGUCUUGUUCCGCGUCAGCGUCCUCCUCCUGUCCCCGGCACUCACUCUAUGACACUGCGUCCUUCCACUGCUCCACAGUGUGUCCCUCUGCCGUCUCCUCCUGCGUCCUCUCUUCCUGACGGUCCGGACCCAGAGUCUGACUCCCUUCGUGCUGCUAGUCCUACUAUCACGCGCUUUCUGGCCACUCCUGUCACUGACCCUUUGUUUGAGUCCACUACUGCGUCUGCUCUCGUUGCUGAGCUUGUUGACUUUGCUGCAGCCUGUCGCCUAGACUACGCCACUAGUCUUGUUGCUGAGUCUGCGUCUGCGUCUGUUUGUCCUCCGUCCGUCGGGGGUGAGUGUGCUCUUGGCACGGACCUUCUUGAGGAUAGACAGGAGGAGUUUGAGUGCUUUGCUGCUGCUGUACCUCAUCUCGUGUCCAUGCUGCUUGCCCUUGAGGGAGACCCGGAUGCACCAGACAUCCCGACCCCGCGCUCUUACGCAGAGGCGAUAGAGGGUCCCUACUCCUCUCAGUGGCAGGCAGCCAUGGACGCCGAGAUGGCUUCCUGGAAGUCCACAGGCACCUACGUCGACGAGGUUCCCCCGCCUGGGGCGAACAUCGUCAGUGGCAUGUGGAUCUUCAGGGUGAAGCGGCCGCCGGGUUCUCCGCCAGUCUUCAAGGCACGUUACGUUGCACGAGGCUUCAGUCAGCGACAGGGAGUUGACUUCUUCCAGACCUUCUCCCCUACCCCGAAGAUGACCACUCUUCGGGUGCUGCUGCACGUCGCCGCUCAGCAUGACUACGAGCUACACUCGCUUGACUUCAGCACAUCUUUCCUACAAGGCAGCCUGCAUGAGGAGAUCUGGCUGCGCUGCCCACCUGGCUUCACUGGGUCGUUUCCUGCUGGUACCCAGUGGAGCCUCCGGCGGCCAGUCUACGGUCUCCGCCAGGCACCCAUGAGUGGCACGACACACUGA